GGCAGCCUGACACUUGAUCGGAUUCCCGGCCGCUGCUCCACGGCGCUGCGCUGAGGAGCCGCCGGAAGAACCCCCGCGGAGCGGCUUUUACGCAGACAAGCUGCGGAGUUUGUUGGGUCAGGGUUGGGAGUUCUGUCCCUGCAGGACGCUUCUGUCCAGGAUGUUGUCUCUCUGGUGCGGGUUUCUCAGCUUCUGCGCGCUAAUCUGCGCUCAGCCGGAUGAUGGGAAGCGGUACAUCUGCCGCGCAGUGGCCGUCAGCGGCGACGCCGGCUGCCCGGUGACUUUACUGCCGGAGCUGAGCGCCGGCGGCCAGGAGGAGGAGCUGCGGAACACCGUCAUGCAGCUUCGGGAGACCAUCGUCCAGCAGAAGGACACCAUCUCCAAGCAGCUGGGCACCAUCAACGAGCUGACCACCAAGCUGUCCCUCUGCGCCUCGGCCGCCAGCGACCGGAAGUCGGGCAAGGGGGCCGCGUGGGGGAAGGACAAGCAGAACACGAUGGGUGACGUUCCCACGGACCCCAACGACUCCAUCGACAGCCUCGGGAAAACCAUGCAGGGGCUCAAGGAGCGGCUGGAGAACCUGGAGCAGCAGCAGAUGAGGGCCAACUUGUCGGGGGCCUCGUUCCCCAGCGAGCUGCGGGAGCUGCUGCAGCGCCGCCUGGGAGAGCUGGAGAAGCAGCUGCUGAAGAAGGUCAGCAGCCUGGAGGAGGAGAAGAGCCAGCUGUCCAACGCCACGGCCGCCUACCGGCUGAAGACCGAGAGCACGCUGAACGCGCUGGUGGAGAGGAUCAGCGAGCUGGAGAAAGGGGCCGGAGACUUUAAGUCCCCUGAGCAGUUCAAGCUGUCCCUCCCCCAGAGGACCAACUACCUGUACGGCCGCAUCACCAAGUCCCUGCCGGAGAUGUACGCCUUCACGCUCUGCAUGUGGAUCAAGUCCAGCGCCAGCCCUGGUGUGGGAACGCCUUUCUCCUACGGCGUUCCAGGCCAAGCCAACGAGAUCGUGCUGAUCGAGUGGGGCAACAACCCCAUCGAGCUGCUCAUCAACGACAAGGUGGCCCAGCUGCCGCUGGAGGUCCGGGACGGGAAGUGGCACCACAUCUGCAUCUGCUGGACGACCCGGGACGGCCAGUGGGACGCCUACCAGGACGGAGACAAGCUGGGCGCCGGAGACAACCUGGCAGCCUGGCACCCCAUCAAGCCUGGAGGAGUCAUCAUCCUGGGGCAGGAGCAGGACGUGGUAGGCGGCCGGUUCGACGCGGGCCAGGCCUUCGUGGGGGAGCUGAGCCAGGUGAACAUCUGGGACCGCGUCCUGAAGCCGGCCGAGAUCCGCUCCAUGGCCAACUGCAGCGCCUACCUGGCCGGGAACGUGGUGGCCUGGCUGCCCGGCAGCGUGGAGGUGUUCGGCAGAGGCGCCUCCAAGCGCCCCCUGGAGGUCUGCCAGGAGCGGCUCCCCAACUUGUAGGGCGACCGUCACCAUGGCAACGCCAUCCUGGACGUCCUGUCGGUUUACGUCCCAGUGUUUGGUUCCAGCUUUUAAUGAGAAAGUUUCCAUUCAUCCAUCCAUUCAUCCAUCCAUUCAUCCAUCCAUUCAUCCAUUCAUCCAUCCAUCCAUCAUUCCAUCCAUCCAUCCAUUCAUCCAUUCAUCCAUCCAUUCAUC